AUGUCUCCGUUACUGUGUGGAUGCGCACAAUUAUUGAUGCUCUUGUGGAGGUGCUUCAUCGUGGUUGAUGCUAUGUCGGCCAAUUUUACGGUUGACAACGAAAUUCAUUCAAGUUUCAUCCAGCGCCGUCUGCGGAGCCACGAGCGCAAAGACAUGCAGCGGGAGAUUCUCUCCAUCCUUGGGUUACCGCACCGACCCCGGCCAAACCUCUACGAGAAGCACACCGCUGCCCCAAUGUUCAUGUUGGAUUUGUACAAGGCGAUUUCGACAGGCGAGGACGAGCUUGGUGGCUUCUCGUACCCAUACGGCCCCGUCUUCACGACACCAGAUCCUCCCAGACAGACUCCUCAAGACAGCCGCUUUCUCAACGAUGCUGACAUGGUUAUGAGUUUUGUCAACUUGGUGGAGCCUGAUCUGGAGGUCCUCCCUGGCCCAAGGCACCAGAGGGAGUUCCGUUUUGACCUGUCCCGCAUCCCUGAAGGCGAGGCCGUCACAGCAGCUGAGUUCCGCAUCUAUAAGAAUUUCGUCCAGGAACGCUACGAGAACGAGACCUUCCACGUCAGUGUCUAUCAGGUGUUACACCGACACCCAGACAGUGAGGUGGAUCUCUUCAUGCUGGACUCGCGGGUGGUUUGGGCAGCGGAGGAGGGGUGGCUGGUGUUUGACGUCACCGUGACCAGCAACCUAUGGGUCCUGCACCCAGGCCAGAAUCUGGGCCUGCAGCUGGUCUUAGAGGGGAUGGAGGGCCAGAAUGUGAACUUGCGCAGUGCAGGCCUUGUGGGCAGCAGCGGACCCCGCAACAAGCAGCCCUUCAUGGUGGCCUUCUUCAAGGCCACAGAGGUGCACCUCCGGGGUGUGCGCUCCACCUCAGGCCACAAGCAGCGCCACGGCAACCGCUCCAAGGGCCACAAGGCCUCGACCUCCAGCUCCAGCUCUGGCUCCAGUGCCAGUGGCAGCCAGGAGGCUCUGAGACUCGCCGAGGCUGCCGCAGCGGAGAGCCUGAGUCCUGAUCAGAAACAGGGCUGCAAGAAGCACGAGCUCUAUGUCAGUUUCAGAGACCUGGGGUGGCAGGACUGGAUCAUCGCUCCAGAGGGCUACGCAGCGUAUUACUGCGAUGGAGAGUGCGCAUUCCCCCUCAACUCCUACAUGAACGCCACAAAUCACGCCAUAGUGCAAACACUGGUUCACUUUAUAAACCCAGACACAGUGCCGAAACCCUGCUGUGCUCCUACCCAGCUCCACGGUAUCUCCGUGCUCUACUUUGACGACAGCUCCAACGUCAUCCUCAAGAAGUACCGCAACAUGGUGGUCAGGGCCUGUGGAUGUCACUGACACCACCACUUCCUCCUCUUCUUCCUCUUUCCCAUGAUGCAUCAUUGCCAGAUAGGUGGCAAGAGGGACACCGGUGUCUGGAACAGGAGAGGAUUUUUUCAGGUGCCAUUUUUUGAUGAACUCUGUGUAGUUUAAA